GGGGGCGGGGCGAGGAGGCAGUGUGCAGUAAGAGGUAACCUGGCAAGUGGUAGUGGCGCUUCUCGGGUCCUCUGCCUCAGGUUUAGGUACUAAAGGCCGAGACUGUCCUGGCGACGGCGACCUCUGCGGCGACGGCUCAAGCUCUCAGAGGAGUGGCAGAGUACGGUCUGAAGGAAGGGCUUCUGGUCAGCCCAGGCAGCUGGAAGGUGAACCGAGAGAGGCAGAAUACGCUGAACAGGGAGUUUGGCAAGGUUAUAUCAUAAUGAAUGGAUCCAGUGUGGCAAAUACAUCACCCAGUGUAAAAUCCAAAGAGGACCAGGGGUUAAGUGGUCAUGAUGAAAAGGAAAACCCAUUUGCAGAGUACAUGUGGAUGGAGAAUGAAGAGGAUUUCAACAGGCAGGUGGAGGAGGAGCUGCAGGAGCAAGACUUCUUGGACCGCUGCUUCCAAGAGAUGCUGGAUGAAGAAGACCAAGACUGGUUUAUUCCAUCACGAGACCUGCCUCAGGCCAUGGGACAGUUGCAGCAGCAGUUAAAUGGACUGUCAGUCAGUGAUGGUCAUGAUUCUGAAGACAUUUUGAGCAAAAGUAACCUGAACCCAGAUGCCAAGGAGUUUAUUCCAGGAGUGAAGUACUGAGCCAACAAAUCUUUGAGGAGGACUUGUCUGUCCCCACAUCUGGGGAUAGUAAUGCACAAAAUGGAGGAGCUGAAGAGGGGGGUGGGGCGGGCAAGGGGUGCACAGUGGGAAGGGGAGUGGUGGUCUCUCGAUACUGUGACUCUGAGUAACUAAUGUGCUCAGUCUUAUUCUACAAGCCUCUGAGUAUUUCUGUUUUCUCCUGCUGACUUUUGUUUGGAGCAGUUUCCUGUUUUGUUUUUUUAAAUAGCUCUUUCAAGUUAACAAAAUUGCAUUUUCCCCCCUUCAUCAGAAGUUUUCUGCGGUGUGUGUUUAAACAAAAUAAGCUGACCAAGAAAAACUGGGUAUUUAGGAAAUGCCCUCUCAUCCUGCUGUGAGACAGUGAGAUCUGGAGAGCUUCUUGUGGAAUCUGUUGAGCUAGAAGGGAAAAGGGACAAGCAGAAAGAGCAGGUGGUGCAAACCGGAAUUUGAGGCUUAGCUCCCCCACCCCUGGGGUUUCCUGCAAUUAACUGGGAUAACCAAUGGCCUGCUGAGCCCUUCCCUCUUUGUCCUGAACCCCAUUCAAGAAAACACAGACUUAAAGUACUUAGUUUACAGUAACUUUUGAUGAUUGUUGAAAGCUGUAAAUCAGAAGGUGGGGCUGUGAUGGCUGUUGUCACUUGAGUCAUUUAGUUACUGUUGUCCUGUUCAUAAGCCUCAGUUCACCACCACCUCAGACUCACCAUUUAUAAGUAAAAGAGCACUAGGGUUGAUCUGCCACCUCAUCUUUCAUAGAGUCUAUUCCCCAGCCUCCUUUACACUCUAUUCUACUCUGUUUUUAAGAAAAGAUACUGCUACCAAAGGCAUAGGAGAGACCUGCUAUGCUGGCCAUUAGCAUGAGCCUGCAGAAGUCAUUCUUGAAUUAUUUGGACAGUUUUUUUCCAGCGUCAUCAACACUUGGUCUUCCUGGUGUCUUAAUUCCCUCAGACAAGUUUAUACGCUUUUUUUUUUUUUUUGAGACGGAGUUUCACUGUCGUUACCCAGGCUGGAGUGCGAUGGCGUGAUCUUGGCUCACUGCAACCUCCGCCUCCUGGGUUCAGGCAAUUCUCCUGCCUCAGCCUCCCGAGUAGCUGGGAUUACAGGCAUGCGCCACUGUGCCCAGCUAAUUUUUUGUAUUUUUAGUGGAGACGGGGUUUCACCAUGUUGACCAGGAUGGUCUCGAUCUGUUGACCUCGUGAUCCACCCGCCUCAGCCUCCCAAAGUGCUGGGAUUACAGGCGUGAGCCACUGCGCCUGGCUGUUUAUGCACUUUUUUAAGGAAAUAUUUUUCAGGACACUAGUAAGAAGCUCAAUUCAUAGUUUGGAUAUUUCUCCCCACCUUACAGAAUUAUGGAAAGGAACUCAAAACCAGCCUAGGAGAGUGAGUCCUGCUUGACCCAUGUGAUUGUAUACCUGACCCUCUGGGAUCUUUUCAGCUAUUAAAACAUUUUACUAUUCCCACAUACCCAGUUUUGCAGGUUUCCUAGAUUGACCUCUUAGGGUAUGUUUCUUUGUCUUUCCUGCCUUUAACUUGCUGGGGUCUUUUGUUGCAACCCUUGAGAAACUAAACUGGGUGCUAGGACCUGCCUUUGUAUAUAGAGAUGUAGAUGGCAGUGUGGUGUUUAAGAGAGCCUAGCAGGCCAUUCUCCUAGGGAUGAGGAUUUGCAGAGCCCUGAAGGUAAUAGAGGCUUUUCUCUGAUUGCUGCUGUGCUGAUAGGCCUACAGGGAAAAAGAUACGUAACUUGAAAUAAAGUUGGUGUAAAUUCAGUAUGUGGAUGUGGGACAGAGGUUGGAAGGAAAGGACCAGGGUAUGGAAAGCUGAAGACAUUCUCCUCAUGAGCUCUCAUUGACUUUUUGAACAGUGACAAGCUAAUGCCAGAUUUAAAAAACAAACUCACAUUUUUUUUUUUCUAUUUGAGUCCGUAGGAUUAUAUCAUUUGAAAAAAUUGCCUUCCUUGUUACUUCACAUGUCAUAGAAGAGUAGCUUAGAGAACUUGUAUUACCAAACAUACACAUUAAUUCCCAAAGCCUCUAUGUUGAGAGGAUGAAACUGUUAACUCUUUUUCAGAGAGGACUAUGAAUAAAGAAGCUUCAGCUUUCAGCUGGGUUUUUCCCUCUAAAAAGGAAAGGGCAUUGCAAGUGCAUAUAGGAAAUUUCUCUCUUCUGGGACUGCUUUUCCUCCUUCAUCCUCCAUGAGCCUGUCCAAGCUCAGAAUUCUGAAGGCUGUUAGAAAUAUGUUGGGAUUGCAGAGAGAAAGGGGCUUGACUGUUCUUCGGCUGUGUUGGUCUGUUUUGGAUGUCAGUCUUCAGCAUGAUUUCACAAGGCAUAUUUGGUCAGGACUCUGAAAACUUCCUGCCAGUUUAGCAUGGAAAGUGAGGGCUCUGGCAUUUGUAGUCCUCUUUAGACACUGCAUGUGCUGACUCCAGGUAAGGGAGGCAACUAACAAAGUGAUUCUUUUUUAAAUGUGUAGGACUCUGCUUCCAGCAGUUCCUCUUGUAGUCCAACUCUUUUUGCCAUCUACUUUAUGUUGGGAGGUGGGGGCACAAUUGUCACUCACAACACAGGCUCCACUAGUUAGAAUUUGCUACCUUCUUAGCAGAAAAUGCACGCGUGUCUUCUUGGACCUUCACUGGGGAAGGGCUGGGAGCCUCUGGAUGUCUCAGACUUCUCUCACAGAAGAACCAGCAAGCUAGCCUGGACACCUGUACUUUUUAAUAGUGAGACUUGUAUUUCUAAGGGAUCAUUUUGAUGUUGGAUUUAAGCCACUACUCUGUUUAAACUUUUUUUUGUAAUUGGCAACUAGAAGUUUGAUAAUUUGCAUAGAAAUAGAACAUGUAUUUUUAACAGUUGCCAAUCUGGCUGAUCCCAGUGUUAGUUUAUUAAUGAUCGACAUGUAAUUAUUGGGAUUAUUUAUUUGACUCUAAAAUUCCAAGAUGAAAAUAAUUUAUCUCUUUCUUUUCAAGGGAAAAAUAACCAAGUGAAUGCCUUUCAAUUUGUCCAGGCCUUUGAACUGCAGCAGAAAAUUCAAGGAUACAGCCAAGGCCUGGGCGAAUGCAGCCCUGGGUCUUUGGGCCGGUUUCUGACUAUAAUAGUUGACUUUUGGGAUUCACAUAAGAGUGAAACCAGAAGGAUCCUAAGGUACCUUUAUCCAAAACCAGAACGAUCCUGUAGCACCUUUAUCCAAAGUCAUAGAAGCUGGGGUCUCUCCUUAUUUUAUUUUUGUUAUUGUUGUUUGUUUAUUUUUUUGAGACAUAGUCUUAAUCUGUCACCCAGGCUGGAGUGCAGUGGUAUGACCAUAGCUCACUGCAGCCUCAAACUCCUGGGCUCAAGCAGUCCUCCCAUCUCAGCCUCCAGAGUAGCGGGGACAACAGGUAUUCACUACAGAUGGCUAAUUAUUUUUAUUAUUUUUAUUUUUUGUAGAGACUGGAUCUCGCUCAUUUCCCAAACUGUUCUUGAAUUCUUGAAUUCAGCCUCCCAAAGUGCUGGGAUAAUAGUCAUGAGCCACCACACCUAGCCUAGGGUCUGUUUAAUUAAGUUUAUAAUGCUUACUGUGGCUUAAAAUGCCAAGCAGCAUUUUCCAAAUUGUUUAUUGCUAUUGCCUUGAUUUUGGAGAAGGUGGGAAGUAAGGAGGUGAGGUGAAUGCUCUAGCAAUGAACACAUCUUAGAGAGGAAAGUUGUGUGAAGAGGUUGCGAAAGUAAACAGCAUGAAUCUUUCUACGUUAGGGCUGCUGCAAACCCCAGGUAGACAAAUGACAGCCCAGGCUUCUGAGCCAUCAGGAACCCAGGAGUCUACUGUACUGUGAGGAGGGGGCAGGCAUUCUUCAAUAAGGGUCCCACCAUUUCAGGCUAAUAGUCCUUCUCAGUUUAGGUGAUACUGCCCUAUUGGAACUGGUAGAAACCUGACAGAUUUGAUCAAGAUUUGGAGAUGUCUGCAUAUUGGGAAGGACUGGGUGUGCCUAGCCACUCUCCUCUGGGAUAAUGCAGACGUCAUUAGUUUAGGAAGCAGGUGGGGAGAACAGGAGGAUUGAUUCUGAUUUGGUUUCUAGUCAGUGCCUCCGUCCACAUUUCCCCACAUCACUCACUGCACCUUGCAUUGCUCACAGGGAUUAUUAGUCCUCCCAGAAGGCAGAGUACCUUCUGCAGCCCCUGCUCUGCUGUCUUGUGAAUUUCCUCCACAGACUUGAUUAGUUAUCAUUUGAAACAGGCUUUUUGUCUUUUUUCCUUUGUUUUAAUCUUCUCCCAUAAUGAAGCUGCUAAUGGUGACAGGGACAGGGGAACAGCUAGUCAACCCAGGGAAACACGUGAGUUUCCUGCACACCACUUGGCCACCUGCCCUCACGGGCCAAACCCCUCCUGUUGCUCCCAGUCAGUCUGGUUUUUAGAGGCAUCAUGGGAAUAGAACAACUGGAUACACUAAUCUCUGCAGGGAGUCAGGCAAGAGAUUCACCUUCCCCAAUCCCAGGGAAUAGGAGAGAAACCUGUAAAGGGACAGAUGCACCAUCUUUAUUUUUCAACGAAAAAGCUCCCUCAGAUUUUGUUAUUGAGUCUCAUUUGUGACAUUUGCUGAACUUUCUCCCCAGUCCUCCCUUCCUAUUGGCUAAGUUUUAUGUAAAAAUAAUAAACAUUUUAGGUUAAUAUGACAAAAAUAAGAUAAAAUCUUAAAAAUAUUUUCUUAGUUUACAGUUACUAAAAUGUGCUUACUAUAAAAUAGUAAAAUAUUUCACUCUGCAAAUCAUCACUGAAGUUAUUCUAUCCUAUUGAUUGUGAGCCUUCAAAAAUGUUUAAUGCUUGAAAGAUGGUUUGGGAGGUAGGGAGUCCUUUUCUUAAAAAAAAAAUUUAAUGAGGCCUCUGUUACAUAUCAUAAAACUCACCCAUUUCAAGUGUAUAAUUCAGUGAUUUUAGUAACUUUCCUCAGUGGUAUAACCAUAACCAUUACUCAGUUUUAGAACAUUUUUAUCCCUUCCAAUAAGAUCCUUCAUGCUCUUUUACAGUUAAUCCUGUUCUUACUCUCAGUAAACACCAGUCUACUUUCUCUAUAAAUUUGCCUUUUCCGGACAAUUUGAAUCAAUGGUAUUAUAUAAUAUGUGGUCUCUUGUGUCUGGCUCUUUUAUGUAGCUAAUGUUUUUGAGGUUUGUCCAUGACAUAUAACGUCUUGGUAGUUUGUUCCUUUUAUUGCUGAGUAGAAUUCCAUUGAUGGAUAUACCAUAUUUUGUCAGCAGAGAGCCUUUAAACUUGGAUUCCAACUUCCUGUGGUCUAAAUGGAACCCUCUGAACAUAGGACUUAUAGGGGAAGCUGCUGUGCAUGUUAAAAAAAAAAACUAAUCAGUACGAGCUUUGUCAUCCGGAGCCAGAACUGCUGCAGAAAUUUUUGUAAUUUUGCAACUUCUUUUUUACAAGGAACUUUUGUGCUACUACACGUCAGGACUUUUGAAGCAUCUGAUAAAUCCAUUUAACAAGUAUAAGCAUGUGUCUGAGUGGACAAGAAAGUGAAACCAUUCAUACUACAUUGGAUAUUUUUCCUCCCCCAGACUGGACCCCCUGGGGGAGGUCUCUCAACUUGUUGAAUAGAGUAUUCUGUCUCCAUUUACAAAGCUGCACAGGUAUUAAAGAUCUUGCUGCCUUUGUUGGGCAGAUUUGGAGGGGGACCCAAAAGCAAAGAUGGAGAGGAAAAAGGGCAUGGAGCUUGUGAAACAGGAAGCCCCCAGGGUCUGUGCCGGGCUGCUCAGCCCUUCAGGACGUUGUGGAUGGUGAAGUGCUGUUGGUGUCCCGGGCAGCCAGCACCUCCACUGGGCCCGGAAGGUCUUGACUUUGGACACUUACCCCUGUUUCACAAGUGUUUAAAAGCUGUUUUUGCUUUUGUUUUUUUCCUAAAUAAUGAUUACUUGGUACUUAUUAAUCCUUCUUUGGGGGACGGGCAGGGCUUUAAAACUGAAGAAAGUAAUUUUCAUAAAAUAUCAAAAAUGGAAAAAAGUUACUUUGUAAAAAAUUUGCUAUACAAACCAAAUGGCAGCUGUUGAGAAUCUCAAUAAAAUGUUAAGUGUA